GUAGGCGCCAGCUGGACCACUCACCUUCAACAACAGGUAUAAGCUGUAUCUGGUUUACAUACCAUGCAACUACGGAAGAUUCUUUUCGCUUAUACCAACGCUCUGAAAUCUUAUUACUGUCCUUCCCAGACCCGAAUCACUGCAAAUCAUCAGCCUACUACUUACGCUCCAUAUAGGAUCCUUUAUCAUCCGAGAGUCAGGCGACUCAAGAAGAGAUAACGAUUGCACGAGCAGACAGGAAUAUCUACCAAGUGAACCUUGACAAGAGACCUAAAUCAGCUGAGAUCAGCAGGUCAUGACUCGGACGUCCGUCGGGGAGGACCUUCCAUUUAUUAUAACUCACGUCUUAGCUUACAAUGCCCUAUCAGCUUUGCAAGCUCACAUACGUCGCUCCUCGUCUGCCUUUCUUCACAACUUCUGUACAUCGUGAAUCUGCCUCCAGCGUUUUAGCAUGUCAAAACAAAUCCGUCUCGGCAUUCUCACACCUUCCUCAAAUACCGCGUUGGAACCUCUCACUUACCAGAUCGUUUCCUCCAUUCCAAAUGUUUCCGUUCACUUCUCCCGUUUCCCAGUCACGGCGAUCAAUCUUUCAGCCGAAGGUCUUGCCCAGUUCGACCACUCAGCCAUCACGCAAGCUGCUAAACUACUCGCCCAUGCCGAAGUUGAUAUGAUUGGCUGGAGCGGAACAGCAGCAGGAUGGAUGGGAUUUGAGGAUGACGAAAAACUCUGCAAAGCUAUCACUGAAGCUACGGGUAUCCCCGCCACUACCUCCGUAUUGGCUUUGAACAAGGCUUUGCAUAUUUUCAAGGUCAAGAAGCUUGGGCUAGUCACGCCUUACCUAGAUGACGUCCAGCAGAGGAUUGUGAGGAACUACAACGCCAUCGGAAUGGAUGUCACAUCGGAAACGGAACGUCACCUGCGCGUUGCGAAGAACACCGACGUUGCUCUGAUCGGAGAGGACGUAUUGGAGACUUUGGUAGGGCAGGUGGUAGAAGGGGGUGCAGAUGCUGUUUCGACGUUCUGCACAAAUCUGAUAGCAGCGCAUAAGGUUGAGUUUUGGGAGGCAAAGUAUGGGGUUCCAGUGCUUGAUACUGUCACUACGGUCACCUGGGAUAUGUUGAGGCAGUGUGGGGUAGAUACGAAAGCGAUCAAAGGGUGGGGAAGAAUAUUCCAGGAGUCAUGAUCGAAUCAAUAAACAUCAAAGUAGCUAGUUUGAUGCAUUGAAGGCGAUACGAACGACAAUUCUAUGAUACCGACUCAUUAAACCAUUGUCAUUGUUGUUAGACGAUAUCCCUGUUGUACAACGGCCAUGACACUGAAAAAGGGUCUGAACGUGAAGACCAACAAUCGAGUGUAGCAUGCUAGGCGCCCUUAAA